AUGUAUGACGACGAACCACGUGCACUAUGCAAUAUACCACUUAGUGGUACGGUAGGAAUAUUGAGUUCUUUGGUUUUAUUGUCACAAGUGCUUGCCCUAUUCCUGGUUUGCUCAAAUAAUUUCUUCAUUUACUUCUUUGAAUUGAUCAUCGCAUUUGGAAUGGUUUUCUUCCUGUCACAAGGUGUUCGACACAGAAAACCCGGACAUUUGACUGUUUAUUUGGCGUAUUUGGCAAUCUACGUGUUCAUGAUGUUCUUUAUCAUAUUCGGAAUACUGGUCGGUAUAAGUUUUUAUCCAAGCUAUAAGAGAGAAUGUGAGAGACGAUCUGCCGCUACAACAUCAAUAACCCCCACAGCCACUACAGCAUCUGAUCUGUCAUCCACAUCGAGUGCAGAGACGGUCACGGUACAUCCUAAUAGAAUUUAUGUGGCGGUGAUCCCAUCACGAAGCGAUACCAAUUGUGAGCCAAUCCAUGGAGCUUUUUGGGCCGAGAUUUGGUCAUCGAUAGCGUUAUGCUUUCUCAGUAUUAUUAUCGCAUGUAUACAAAUCCGCUACACUCUAUUAUUAUACAAAUUUAUGCGGCUACAUCAAAGAGAACAACGAGCAACGAUGAAUGUUAGCUAUCAACAUUUCGUUCCUGGAGCACCUCCUAGAUACACUCCUGAAUCCCCGUAUACGGUACAAAGUUCUCCAGCACAAGUGGAAGCGGGACCGUUACCACCGAAACAAUCAAUGGAUAGUGUAGCCACAUUAGAAGCGGAAUCGCUGGCGAGUGAUUCCCAUGUCGCCGCCGCCGCCGCCGCCGCCACCGCCACCGGUCCUCCUCCUCCACCUCCUUCCACCGGAGAACAGCCGAUAUCCGAUAAAAACACGUUACCGCCAUCAUUUCUUCGGGUAGAAAAUCCACCAGAAUACACUGAAAUACCGGGUCCUUCGGAAAGUUCACUUCUACCACAAACCGCCACGACACCAACAUCACCGGAUCAUUCUCGCAUGGAAGAUGUACCGUUGAACGAUCCCAGGUCUCCAUCGCGGGUUGAUUUAUUGUCGUAA